AUAUUUCAAAUUACUCUGUAAAAGUGAUCAAUUGAUAAACAAGAUAUAUUAUAGGUUAAGCAUCGUAAGAAAGGCAACACUUUAGAUGACAAUUAUCGUAAAGAAUAUUUCAUAAAAUCUAAUUAUAGAUAAGGCUUGGAAUAAUAUCAACGAUAAAAUAAUACAACACUAAAAAUGAUAAGUCCCAUGAGAGUAGUCUACUUCGUAACCACACUAACAUAUCUCUUAUUGGUUGGUGCCCAUUCUAAGAUACAAUCAUGCCGCCACAAAAUACUUAGUGAGUGGUUAACAAAAGAUUGUGCAAUUGCACGCAAAGAAAAAGCAACCAGACGACAUCAAUUCUUGUUAUUCAAUUCACAAGAUGCACAAAUCUCAUUUAACAUAUUCUGUCCAAUAUGCAAACAUGAGGCAAUCGAAGAAUUCCAAUGGAAAUAUAUACCCGCCUCAGAGAAAAAAGUCAUUUUUACUCAGUCGAAUCAAAUCUACUAUGAUAGUCACCUAACAAUCAUAAGUGAACUAUUACAGCCAGUUCAACAAGAAUCCAUGUAUAACCCAUGUUUCACUGGGCAUGGGAAACAUCUGGUUGCUAAAAAUGUUGGUCUGAGUAAGUACAUGGGAACGUAUGUGUGUACAUACAUGAAUGAUACUAAACACCCUUCCAACUUCAUAUGGCACCACCUAUACGGAAUGGGUACAUUCAAGAAAAACUCUAUAUCAGUAGCCAUCCCACAAAUCACUGGAUUCUACAAUCAGAUAAAGAGCAGGCGACAGAUAAAAGCCAUACAAAACCAUGUGCACGUUGCACUAAACAACAUCUCAGAAUUGAAUGACCGACAACUUUCAUUCAUCACUAUCACAUUCAAAGCAGAUCAUGACGAUGAUGUCAUACAACAUUGUGGAAAAAUUACAAUCAAUCAAUACAGACGCUGUUAUCUGAAGAUACCACGGGCUGAAUCCCUUACCGAAAUCAGUCAACGAAACAGCAGUGGCACCGACCACGCCGAAAAACUCAUCCACAUCAGUAAAAUUCUCAGAUCAUCACUGGGAUUCAUAACGCGACUGCAAGAUUAUGGGUCGAACAGUGCGCAACUAGCUGCCGCCACUAGCAGACGUCUUGGUUUCGACACAUACGAUGACAAUCAACACAUCUACGUACCUUGCGAAUAUGAACUACUACAGCAUGUAUCCAUGCCAAUAGACAACUUCCCACCACCUGGCAGGCAUGCAGUCAUCAAAUACGAAAUAUUGUGCGACCAAAUUCAUCCUAAAAACUUCACCACACUUCUUCAUCGAAAACGUCUCAUUAAUCAACCACUUAAGACCACAACUAUUGAAGAGUACCAUCACCUCAAAAUACAAAAUCUCAUCGUUGAAAAUCAGAAGGAUGUCGUGUUGAAAUGCAACACUAACAAAAUACAACGGCUGAAAUGCAAUCACACACACAUGGACACCAUAUGGAAGUCGUCAAAUAAUAUCACAUAUACACUGAGGACGGAGAAGAAUGAAUUAGCUUAUAUCACAUCUGAUUGUGAUUUGAAGUUCGAAGCAGUUAAGAAAAACGAUGCAGGCACCUACUACUGUCACACAAUACAUUCCACUUCUGCAGUUGGCGGAGGCUAUAACACAAGUUACAUUGGUUUAUGGUCUGGUAAACCGAUUAUUGUUUAUCGUCUACGCAUUCAAAGAAGAGCAUAUGAAAAGCCAUAUAAGAAUUAUAUGAAAACUGAUUUGGCAAUCUUAUCAUUGUGGUCAUUAGUGCUUACGAUCCUUUGUACAAUAUUUAGCUGUUAUAAACUGCAUGCACAAAAUUCUUCUUUAGAACUAGCUUUGCAUCGGAAACGUCAACAUGUUAACUUAGUUUGUUUACAGCCAUCUGCAAAAUAAUACUUUGUAUCUGUACAAUGAUUGCAGAUAAGACAUUGCUUGAAAAAAACUUCGCUAACGAAUGAAAACACGACUCGACAAACACAUUUGAUUUGAGCUACCUUAACUGACUGAGGUCCGAAACGCGAGCUGCCAAUACACACAUCGAUACAUGGAGUGGGAUUUGAAUUCAAGACUCUUAUGCACUGGAUCAUGGCUUAGGAUAUCAAGUUCAGAAAAUAAUAUUUAAUUUUUUCUACCGUGAUUUUUGUCCUCUCGGUGAGAAAAAGAUUGAGUUUAACGUCAUGUGCAAAAUACUAGCUUUUGCAUAUAAAUGGCACGUUUUUUAUUUUCAGAAAAAAAUAAAUUUUGCUACUAUCACUAUUCUCUUACUAACCAAAAUUAUUUGAUCAGUAAGUGACAUUAUUAGUAGAGAAAUUACUUGUCGUUCCCAGUUGCUACAGUUCAUGUCAACAUAUCUAGGCGGGAAUUAAAAACCAGAAAAAAACGAAAUGAAAAUAACCAUACCAGCAGUCAUUAAAAGAAAUCGAAGAGACUGCAAUUGAUCACAAUAAAUUCAGGUCGACGAGUCACUGAACACAGUAACUAGUGUUACUUAGCCCUAACU